AUGGCACUUAGAAGACCCCAUCGCAAAUCGCGCCACGGCUGCUUGCAAUGCAAGCGAAGGCGGGUGAAGUGUGAUGAAUUACGACCCUCUUGUUCAAACUGCUCAAAACGUCUGGCAACCUGCGAGUAUGACUCUAGCGCAUCACUGCUAUGGACAAAUGAAGAACCCCCAUCUCGCAUACGGUCCAAGAAGUCUAGCCCAGCAGGGGUUUCCCAGUCUGAAUCUCCUGCGGCUACGACUGCCAACUCCCUCAAUAUCCUGGGAAGAUGGGGUGAUGUAUUUGCCGCCUCGCAAGCAGUCCCCAGCUUGAACAUCACAGACCUGGAGCUGAUGAUGCAAUGGUGCAACUCAACGCACAAAAGUGUGUCUCGGGGCGAACACACGGACCACAUCUGGCGCUUUCGCGCUUCAGAGGAAGCAAUUACGCAUCCUUUCCUAAUGCACGGGCUACUCGCGUUGUCCUCCCUGCAUAUUGCACGAACAAAGCAUGAUACCCAGAAGCGUCCGGUUUAUCUCAGCACUGCCGUUGCACAUCAGGCUCAAGCACUGGCCCUAUUUCGCGAGAGGCUAAGCGAUAUCAACUCGUCUAAUGCAAGGGCUAUGUUUGCAUUUGCCAGUGUUGUGGUCUAUUAUACCUUUGGCUUACCUCACGCACCCGAGUCUAGCGAUCCCUGGGCAAACGUGGAUGACCUACUUCAGAUAUUCACGCUCGCGCGUGGGGUUCAACAGAUCCUGAAGCAAGCUACCUCGGUCAUAAAAAAUGAUGAAUGGAGCAUAAUCUUCAAGGUGGAAGACUUGAAUGAGGACUACUUGAGAGACGCACAGUCAAGCUUGGAGCGGUUGUAUGAGUUGAACAACGCUUGCGGGGCUCAAGACGACACCCAUGACAUAGCUGCUUACGAAAAUGCACUUGACCGUCUAGCAGAAAUGCUGGCUGAGGCGCGUACUGGUAUGCCCUCUGUGUCGACUUCCAGUCGAUGGGCAAUCAGACAAUUGCCUGAAUUCAUGGAACUCUUGCGGGAGCGCAAACCGCUAGCUUUGGUAAUACUAGCGUAUCAUUGCGUUGUAUUCCAUCAUCUGAGGGAUGCAUGGUACAUGGGUGAUCGGGGAAGCAGAGUGGCCCGAGCAUUAUGGGACAUUUUGGACGAUGAAUGGAGGCCACUGAUUGAGAGUCAUAUGCUGGAAAUAUUCGGGAAGACACACCCGACUAAUACGCCUGAUACAGCUGGAAUAGGACAGCAGGAGAUUGAUUAA